AUGACCAAGGAAGUGAGCGUCGCCGCUUCUAAUGAGGCCUCGUUGGCCCUAGAGAAGACGGCACUAGGCACAGAUCUCAUAAAACGGCGUCUCAACCAGGUCGCCCAAGUUCGGGCCCGUGGCGUGGGUGAUCAUAUCUCCCUCCCACAGAUUGUAGUGUGCGGAGAUCAAUCAACUGGAAAGAGCUCGGUUUUGGAGGGCAUCACUGGAGUGCCAUUCCCACGCAAAGAUGGUUUGUGUACCAGAUUUGCCACGGAGAUUAUCCUUCGACAUGAGCCUGAUUCGGAAUAUUCGAUUAUCGCCUCUAUCAUCCCGCAUGCCUCUCAAGAUGAGGCAGCUGUUGCUAGACUCCAGAAUUACACUCGCAGACUGUCUGGAUAUGAGGAGCUUGCAGACGUCAUUGAGGAGGUCUCAAAGGAACUGGAUAUGCUGCGAAUUGAAGUCACUGGACCUACGGGUCUUCAUCUCACAAUUGUUGAUCUUCCUGGUUUGAUUGAGGGGUCCGAAGAUGAACAUGCUGUUCAGCUUGUUGGGAAUCUUGUCAAUAAAUAUCUCAAAGAAUUGCGCACCAUCAUUCUUGCAGUUCUCCCAGCAGGGAGUGACGUUGAAACCCAGCCAAUCAUCCGACGCGCAAGAUCUUUUGACCGAAAUGGGGAGCGAACCGUUGGAAUCAUCACGAAGCCCGAUCUCAUCAACCGUGGCACUGAAGAUCGAAUCGCAGCGUUGAUGCAAAAUCGGGGUCCAGUCAAGAUUGAUCUAGACUUUUUUCUCCUUAAAAAUCCAAGUCCGGAGCAGCUUGCCAGGGGGAUUUCCGCCGAAGAGCGCCAUACUGAAGAAGAGGAGUACUUCAAAAGCGCAGAGUGGAAAAAUCAGGGCCUGGAUCCCAGUCGGAUUGGCGCCAGAUCCUUGCGUUCCUAUUGCGAAAACCUUCUUGAGAGACAUCUUGAAAGGGAGUUGCCUAAAGUUCGAGAUGAGAUCACGAAGUUAGUGCAAGACUUUCGACGCGAGCUUGCAUUUCUGGGCGAGGAAAGAAGUACUGCCACGAGUCAGCGGCUAUGCCUUGCAAAGCUUAGCUCUGAAUUCUAUCAAAUUGUGCAUAAUGCAAGUUAUGGUCAUUACUAUGAUUAUGGUACUCAUUUCUUCGAUGCUAAUUCGAAGAAACGUGCGCACCAUCGACUACGUGCUUUGGUUCAUGAGCUCAACUCGGAUUUCGCAGAUUAUAUGCGGGGGUCGUCUCAUAAGCGCCAGAUCGAGGGAGAUCAGUCUGAAGUUCUCUCUGAUGAUGAUUUUGAGAAUCAUUUCCAUAAACUUCCACCUCCGGUGGAAGUAUCCUUGGAGGAAUUCAACCAGUGGAUCAUGACGGGCUAUAAAAGCACUCGAGGACUAGAGCUGCCCAGCAGUUAUAACCACAAUCUGUUGUCCCAUCUGUUUCAUGAACAAGCUAGUCGCUGGCCGAAAAUUGCGGACACCCAUGUCCGGCAUAUUCAUUUCCAUGUCGCAAAUUUUCUGACUGAUACGCUCGCCCAUGUGGUGAAAGAUGAAUAUCUGCGGUUCCAGCUGCAGAAAAGAAUACAAACCUCGUGCAAAACGAACCUACAAGAAGCACUGCACGAGUUGAGCAAAAUCUGCGCGGAUGAGGAAAUGCAGCCCAUCACGUACAAUCAUUACUUCACGGACAAUAUCCAAACAAUGCGACACAAUACGACAAAACAGGAUAUGAAGAAGGUUCUGGACAAAUUCAUGCCAUUGCAAGGUAGCUGGCAAGGGAACUGCACUUCUACGGACAUGUAA